AUGGCAGAGAAGUCGUCCUCGCAGUUCCCACCGCCGGUACAGCGCAAAACCUCGCUGAGCAUCCACGAUGCACGCAUCGCUGGCCUCUACGAUUUGCAGAAGACCAUCGGCAAGGGCCACUUCGCCGUCGUCAAACUUGCAAAUCAUGUCUUCACCGGUGAAAAGGUGGCCGUGAAAGUUAUCGACAAAACGAAGUUUGACUCGUCCAUGGCAUCGCACUUGAUGAAAGAAGUUCGGUGUAUGAAAUUGGUGCAGCAUCCGAACAUUGUUCGCCUGUAUGAAGUGAUUGACACACAAACAAAAUUGUUUCUAAUUCUCGAAUUAGGAGAUUAUGAUAUGUACGAUUUCAUCAUGAAAAACGCCGACAGGGGCUGUCCAGAGCCUGAGGCGCAGCAGUAUUUUUGUCAAAUUAUAAAAGCAAUAGACUACUGUCAUCAGUUACAUGUUGUACAUCGCGAUUUAAAGCCCGAGAAUGUUGUGUUUUUCGAGCGCUUGGGAAUGGUCAAAUUAACGGAUUUUGGAUUUAGCAAUAAAUUCACCCCAGGCGAGCAACUUGAAACAGCAUGUGGCAGUUUAGCUUAUUCAGCUCCAGAAAUAUUGCUGGGAGAUGCUUAUGAUGCACCAGCCGUUGAUGUUUGGUCAUUAGGAGUGAUAUUAUAUAUGUUAUUAUGUGGUCGUUUACCGUUUCAAGAAGCGAAUGAUUCGGAGACAUUGACGAAGAUACUGGAUUGCAAAUAUUCAUUGCCGGACAGCCUUUCACCACACGCUCGACAUCUUAUCUCGAGAAUGUUGGUAAAGGAUGUGAAAAAGCGUGCAAGCUUGAAAGAAAUAUCCGAAAGUCCUUGGGUACGUGCAGGUGAUCUCGGCCUGGCGCAAAUUCUUCCUUUGGUCGGACGCGAUGUUUUACCGGAAAAUGCGCACACAACAAUAAUCGAACAAAUGGUUGCUGGUGGUGUCGAUGUUGAAGAGAACAUUUUGAGGUUUGAUUAA